AUGAACUGCAUGGGGCGGGGCGAGAGGCCUUCUUCUCGGUCCCACGGCCUUUUCGUGUUAGACACUGGUACCUUUCUCUUGUUAUUUUCUAAUUUACUUUUUUUCACACUUUAUUCAUCAUAUAUCCCGGUUGAAGCCCCCGCCCUCGACACUGGUACCUUCAACACCUCCAAUGCUUCCUCUUGGCGUGCCCCGGUGUUCUCGGCCAAUGAGCACGCGGGGGCGGGCCCUCUGCCGCCGUCCAAUGAGCGUGGCCUGAGCGUCUACGCCAAUGAGGGCGCGGGGGCGGAGCUCGCACAAGGGCAGGAAAUGGCGGCGACCACCGAGCCUCUGCCCGCCCGCCGUCUUCAUGCCGUCCCUGUUGCUCCUGCUGCCCCAGCGCCUAUGCCAGCUGUGUCCCCGCAGCCCUCCCAUCCGGCUUCUCACAGCCAAGGGGCAGCGUUGCACCCUGACCGAGACCCUGGAAACCCAGCCCUGCAUAGCCGCUUUGUGGAGCUGAGUGAGGCAUAUCGUGUGCUCAGCCGUGAAGAGAGUCGUCGCAACUAUGACCAUCAGCUGCAUUCAGCCAGUUCCCCAAGGUCUUCAGGGACCACAGCCCAGCCUAAGUAUACCCAACAGACACACAGCUCCUGGGAACCCCCCAACGCACAAUACUGGGCCCAGUUUCACAAUGUGAGGCCACAGGGGCCUGAGUCAAGGCAGCAGCAGCAUAAGCACAACCUGCGGGUCCUGGGAUACUGCCUCCUGCUCAUGGUGGCAGGCAUGGGCCUGCACUAUGUCGCCUUCAGGAAGCUGGAGCAGGUGCACCGGAGUUUCAUGGAUGAAAAGGACCGGAUCAUCACAGCCAUCUACAAUGACACUCGGGCCAGGGCCAGGUGUGUCACUGCUCUGCCUUGCAUGGCUCCCUGCUCCACACCACCCCCCUGGAUUCUUCUCCCGACCUAUCUGGCUCCCUGCUCCGCACCAUCCCCCUGGAUCCCUCUCCCAUCUAUCUUUUCUUCAGGGCUAACAGAGCCAGAAUUCAGCAGGAGCGCCAGCUGAGGCAGCAGCCUCGGACAGAACCCUCCCCAUCUCCAGAAAGCUCCGGGAUCGUGCCCCAGGACACCAGCUCUUGAGAGGCUUGCCCAGGUCCCCCAGCAUUGGCCCUCUCUAUGCUGCCCGUGCGGGACUACACAUUUUUUCUCAAUACAUGCAAUAAACUCAUUUUCAGACUCA